GUGCAAUCGUACCGUGCGAUCGCAAUGGCCACCUGGAACGGCUCGUAUCCGGCGGAGGAGGAGUCCAACUACUUCGUGUACUCCGGCCGGAACGCAGCACCCGGCACCACCGUGGACACCUGGCCGUAUUUCGCCGGCGGCGCGAUCGGAAACACCCCCGCUUACCUGCCCAACCUCCCCUCGGGAAACUACUAUCCUCCAGCGAGCGGUGGUCAGCAUAUGUACGAGCAGAACGCCUCCACCUCGAACGCAGGCUUCUACACGAACGUUCUGCCGAUACCAUCGAACAUGGUGCCUUUAGGAAACGCCUAUCAGAAACACAUACUGCCAAACGCCUCCCCGGAGGACGGGGCGCAAGCACCAAACGCGAGUUCGCAGCAUUCCGCGAAGGGUGUCAGGCGCAACGUCUCGCCCUCCUCCCACGGCAAUUACAGUCGAAGGCCCAAGAUAAGCAACAAUUACGCGUCGAAAGGUGACGACAGCGUGGUUCAGUCCAGCAUAGUGGUGAACUCGAAUCUACACCCCACCGCCAGUGAAUUUGUGCCAAACGACGCGAAGUUGAAGAGGGAGAGAUUUAACAAGAGGGACAGCUUCAACCCCGGCGUACAGGGUCACAGGGCGAAGUCGGCCGAUGUGUCAGCUACGCCGGAUAACAGGUACAAGGGCGAGAAACGUUACGAUAACAAGAGGAGUGUGAAUUACAAGGACGCGCAGGCCCCAUCCAGAUCCGGUUACAAGGACGCUUAUAGAACGUACAGUGCGAAGAAUUACAACAAGUUUCAGAACGACAAGUAUUACAACCGGAGACGUCAGACCUCGGACGCAUCCUCUGUGGAACAGUAUGUUAGCGGAAAUCCCGGCGCGACCGAGUUCACCGGCUCGUCUGUGGCCGACAAUCUCAAGACUUCGGUCGAAGGGAUUCCGGAGGACGACUUCUCGGGUGUUAACGCGAACGAAGAGAGAGCGUUAUCGCACGAGAGCAAUGAUUCGGAAAACGCGUCGACGAAGGGCGAGGCGCUGCGCAAACCCAAGCGAUUCGGUAACUACGCCAACACCUUCGGCUAUCACAAGUACAAUAAUCCGGACGGACCGGACAGGUCCGAGCUUGUUGGUAGAAUUACGAGAAGGUACACGGGUAACAGUAGGAGCGAGAGAUACGAGAGCAACUACAAAGGUAGGAAGAAUCAUUUCAACGUUCCGACUGGUGGCAGAGGUAACGGUUACAGCAAGAGAAGUGCGGGCGAAAAACUGCUGGAUGAUAGAGACGGUAACAGCGAGGAGGCCACGAGUCACAGGGAGAAGAAAGUGGAAAAUUGGAGGGAUCGAACGGACGGUAACGGGACGGUGCAGAAGAAAACUCCACAGAGGAAAUAUGAGAUUGAUGACGACGCGAGUCAGAGGGAGAGAUUGACGGAGCAGCUGAACAGAGGCACGUUGGAAUGUUUGGUCUGUUACGAGCACAUCAAGCAGACCGACUACGUGUGGUCCUGCGCCAACUGUUACCACGUGCUGCACUUGAAGUGCAUCAAAAAGUGGGCCAAGUCUUCGCAGAUCGAUAAAGGCUGGAGAUGCCCGGCCUGCCAGAACGUCAGUUCGGUCGUGCCGGUGGAUUACUACUGCUUCUGCGGCAAGAUGAAGAUGCCGGAGUGGAAUCGCCGGGACGUGGCGCACUCGUGCGGCGAGACCUGCGGCCGGAAUCUGUCGAAGAACGGCUGCGUGCACAAGUGCACGCUGCUCUGCCACCCGGGCUCCUGCCCGCAGUGCGUCGCGAUGGUGACCAAGUACUGCGGCUGCGGCAGAACCUCGCAGACGCUCCAGUGCAGCGCUCACAAGCCGCUGCUGUGCGACUCGGUGUGCGGCAAGGAGCUGCCGUGCGGCAAACACGUCUGCGAGAGGCAGUGCCACCAGGGAGAGUGCGGCUCUUGCGACAAGACUGUCCAACAAGCAUGUUUCUGCGGCAAGAAGACUCAAGAGGUGUCCUGCCGGGCGAAUGUCCCGGACGCGUAUUCCUGUGAUAAUAUCUGUAACAAAAAGCUGGACUGCGGGAAGCACAAUUGCCGGAACAUCUGCCAUCCGGAGUCCUGCGAGUCUUGUUCACUCACGCCCGACCGAGUUACUACCUGUUGUUGCGGCCAGACGCCGUUAACGGAGAAGAGAGAGAGUUGCUUGGACCCGGUGCCGACUUGCGACAAGAUCUGCACGAAGCGUCUGAUAUGCGGCCAGCCUAGCAAUCCGCACACCUGCAAGGCGGCGUGUCACGCGGGCGGGUGCCCGGAAUGCGACUUGAGCAGCGACGUGAAGUGUCGGUGCGGUAACAUGGAUCGAGAGAUCGCCUGCCGGGACCUGACGAGCAAGGCCGAUGACGCGCGUUGCGAGAAGCGCUGCAAGAAGAAGAGGUCCUGCGGCAAGCAUAACUGCAAUCAGCUCUGCUGCAUCGACAUCGAGCACAUCUGCCCGUUACCGUGCUCGAAGACUCUGAGCUGCGGCCGGCACAAGUGCGAGCAGAGGUGUCACAUGGGAAGAUGCGCGCCUUGCUGGCAGAGCAGCUUCGACGAGCUGUACUGCGAAUGUGGCUCCGAGGUGAUCUAUCCGCCGGUCCCGUGCGGCACCAGAAGACCCGCCUGCAACCGGCCGUGCUCGCGGCAGCAUCCUUGCGGCCACGAGGUAUUGCACAACUGCCACAGCGAGCCCACGUGCCCGCCGUGCAGCGUCUUAACUCAGAGAUGGUGUCACGGCAAACACGAGUUGAGGAAGGCAGUGCCGUGCCACGUGAGCGAGAUCUCGUGCGGCCUGCCGUGUAACAAACCGUUGUCAUGCGGACGACACAAGUGCAUCACGAUGUGUCACUCCGGGCCCUGCGAGAAACCCGGCCAGCAGUGCGCGCAACCUUGCGUCAUCACGCGGGAAUUGUGCGGGCACAUCUGCGCCGUUCCGUGUCACGACGGCAAGUGCCCGGAUACGCCUUGCAAAGAGAUGGUCAAGGUUACAUGCCAGUGCGGGCAUAGAACGACGAGCCGUACCUGCGUUGACAAUGCGCGGGAGUAUCAGAGAAUAGCCAGCAACAUUCUGGCGAGUAAGAUGGCCGAUAUGCAGCUUGGCCACUCCGUCAAUUUGGAGGAGGUAUUUGGGCAAGGCGCGAAGAAGCAGAAUCAGUUGAAGACGUUGGAAUGCAACGACGAGUGCAAGACGAUCGAGAGGAACCGAAGAUUAGCUCUGGGACUCCAGAUCGUCAAUCCGGACUUGAGCGGCAAGCUGAUGCCGAGAUACAGCGAUUACAUGAAACAAUGGGCCAAGAAGGACCCGCACUUCUGCCAGAUGGUCCACGAGAAGCUGACGGAGCUGGUGCAGCUUGCGAAAACGUCGAAGCACAAGUCCCGGAGUUACUCGUUCGACACCAUGAACAGGGAGAAGCGCCACUUCGUGCACGAGUCGUGCGAACACUUCGGCUGCGAGAGUCAAGCGUACGAUGAGGAGCCGAAGAGAAACGUCGUCGCCACUGCCGUAAAAGAUAAGUGUUGGCUACCAAGUUACAGUUUACUAGAGAUAGUGCAGAGGGAAAAUGGACAGAGGAAGGUUCCAGGACCGGUACUUAAUGCCUCUAGAGGAAACAGCUCUACAAAAACUGUUCUAUCGUUACCGGUGAAGGGUCAACAGUCAACUUCCAAAAUCCCCGAUAAAGAAAUAGACUAUUUUGAUUAUCGCGGAUAAAUCGACGGCCGUCAUUAGAAUGUAAGAUGCAGCUGUAUAACGUGAAAUGUGUAUGAUAUUAUAAACGACGCACAUAUAUGUAUAUAUAUAUGGUACAAAUAUAUAUAUGUAUAUAUGUGUGUGUACAUCUUGUUCCAAUACGGCUUGGACUAUUCUUUUUCUCGAUGUGGCUGGGAAUACAGACGAUGAUCCGGAAUAGGAACUUAUCUCACGUGGGAAUUGAUGAAAAAAAAAUCAAGUUCUCUUAUUGGAUCUCAUCUGAGUUGCGUCCCAAACUGUCAAAUCGAGAAAAAAAAAAAGUAUCCAGAUGAUAUUGAAACUAAGUGCACGUCUGUAAUUAUAUAAUUAAUAUCGUGACUUUUUAUAAGUCAGAAGUAUAAAACAAACGUAUGGUAUUGUUAUUUCAAUCAUUUUCGACUUGUUUUUCGAACGACUAUAUAAGUUUCGAUUAAGACGAGAUCAUAAAAUUCGUCACAUAAUAAUAAGUUGAAAGUAACAAGAUUCAACGCUUUCACCGCAUCUGCAGACAGUUGUAACAGAUCGAAUAUUAUAACAGAGCAAUGUGUCAUUUUACUUUGAAAUUUAUUACGUUUAAUGCUGAUUUAAUAUAUAUUCCUGUUAAAAUGGA